CUCCAUUACUUUUAAAACUAAUAAUUAGCAGGAAAAACAAGAAAUUCUCCUUACCUGAUACCAUCUCAGGCAAAUUUCCAUGUACAGUUAACCAAGUUUCACUGAGCAAAUAUUAAUAGUAAAAGUAAUGAAUAACACAUGAAAGUAGGUUUUCGAUCACACUGAGCAUCAUGGCGAUGUUAUUUGGUUUACAACCACAAAGGAUCUAGGAAAGGUUUUCUGCAUACCCUCUGAAAAAACUGUUUCUCAACUUUUUUCGGUUCUUCUUUGGCAUCAUCAAAUAGAGCACGAAAAAUUAUCCUUCAAAUAAAAAUUUGUUGAUGCAACUGCAUGUCUGUCUGGAACUCCGCCUAGAUCAUUUACGUCGAAUAGCGUCAAAAACCUGGAUUUUAGCCGACUUUCAGAAAAGCUUCAACUGAAAUAACUUUUCUGCUUGUAUAUUCAGAUUCAGCGUAAAAUUCUGCAUCCGAAUCACUAUAUAUUGUGUUUUUUCGGUGCUUUCUUCGCUAGGAGAACAAGGAAAUAGCCUUUUUUCGGAAAGGAAGAAAAUGAAGGUAAAUAGAAGAUUACUCCUUCCGAAAGCAUUUUUGACCCUUCUGAUAUGAAUAUUCGUGAUCAGUGUGGUCGAUUAUAUAUUAUCAGUGAGUUUUGAAAAAAUUAAAAAAUAAAACGUUUUUCAGAAAUCCUGUGGGAAAUCCUAGGUAUAAAAAACCUGACUGAGUGAUUUCGGAAAACUAAGUGUCUGAGAAUGCUCCUGAGUAUCCCCUGACAUAGUUGCAAUGCAAAAAGUUGAAUUUUUUUUGGACUAGGAAAGGGUCUUAUCCGCUCUAUUCCUUUAUUUAUUGAAGCGCUUUUUUUUUCUAUUUGUUCUCGUCUAGGCGAUAUUCGUCGUUUGGAAGCUGUCGAUGUUCCUAGUUUACAUGGAUUAAUUAACGUAAUAGUCUUUCCUAUUGAUGGACCUCGUCCUCCUCCUGAAGAAAUGUCCGGUGGAGAUCUUGAUGGAGAUACAUUUUGGAUAAGUAAUGAUCCUCAAUUGAUAUUUCAAACGAAUGAAGAACCAUUCGACUAUCAUGAUCAAGCAGUUGAAGCUGAAAAAGAAGCUCAAAUGAACAUGAAUAAGCAAUUAACUAUUGAUGAUGUUUGCCACUUUUUUGUUGAAUAUAUUGAAGCCGAUAAGUAG